AUGGCUUCCACUUCAGCCGGUCAAGAUUCUGCGGCGAACUCGUCAAGCAAUCAGUUGUCAUCGCGGGAACGAGAUCGCGAACGGGACACUAAACAAUUCACGGAGAGAUUUGUGAAAAGUGUUCAAUUUCCAAUUUCGGAGCGUUUGACUGUCGAGCAGGUCUAUGAUCGGAGAACGGGAAAACCACGUCAUGAGGUUCUCAGGGAACACUUCAUUAAGGAAGGACGGAUAGAAGAGGAAGCAGCCAUACGAAUUAUACAGGAAUGCACAGCUUUGUUCCGUUUGGAAAAAACAAUGCUGGAUAUUGAAGCUCCUGUGACUGUCUGUGGAGACAUCCACGGUCAAUUUUACGAUCUCAUGAAGCUCUUCGAGGUGGGAGGUAGCCCUGCUACUACCAAAUAUUUGUUUCUUGGGGAUUACGUAGAUAGAGGAUAUUUUUCCAUCGAAUGCGUCAUCUACCUUUGGGCAUUAAAAAUUUGCUACCCUAGUACACUUUUUCUUUUACGGGGAAAUCACGAGUGCCGUCACUUGACAGAAUACUUCACGUUCAAAACAGAAUGUAAAAUCAAAUAUAGCGAACGGGUGUAUGAUGUUUGUAUGGAUUCAUUCGAUGCCUUGCCACUUGCAGCUUUAAUGAAUCAACAGUUUCUUUGUGUUCAUGGUGGACUUUCACCUGAAAUUCACACUUUAGAUGAUAUCAAAAAGCUUGACCGUUUCAAGGAACCCCCAGCUUUCGGUCCUAUGUGUGAUUUAUUAUGGUCUGAUCCUCUUGAAGAUUUCGGAAAUGAGAGAAACACUGAGCAGUUCAGUCACAAUUCCGUUCGUGGUUGUUCGUAUUUCUAUAGUUAUGCGGCGUGUUGUGAUUUUUUGCAACAUAAUAAUUUGCUCUCAAUCAUUAGAGCUCAUGAAGCUCAAGACGCAGGUUAUCGUAUGUAUCGAAAAUCGCAAGCAACGGGAUUCCCUUCACUCAUAACCAUUUUUAGUGCUCCAAAUUAUCUUGAUGUAUAUAACAACAAAGCUGCUAUUCUCAAAUACGAGAAUAAUGUGAUGAACAUUCGGCAAUUCAACUGCAGCCCUCAUCCUUACUGGCUGCCAAACUUCAUGGAUGUUUUUACAUGGUCACUGCCUUUUGUAGGAGAAAAAGUUACGGAGAUGUUAGUCCAUAUUCUGAAUAUUUGCUCGGAUGAUGAACUUAUGGCUGAUUCCGACGACACUUUCGAAGGAGGCGUUCCAUCAGCUCGUAAGGAAGUUAUUCGCCACAAGAUUCGAGCAAUUGGUAAAAUGGCACGCGCCUUUUCCGUGUUGAGAGAAGAAAGUGAGAGUGUCUUGGCUCUCAAGGGUUUGACACCAACCGGAACAUUGCCAAUGGGAGCUCUUCAAGAAGGACGAAGGGGUGUUCGUGAAGCUCUAUCAGGUAUCCAACCUGGACAUCGAAUUCAAUCAUUCGAGGAAGCCAAACGAUUGGAUCAAAUGAACGAAAGAAUGCCUCCAACCAUGGCGACCCCCCCUGGACAGUCACCUUCUUCAUCACCACAACCGAAGCGUAAUGGUCCCGAUUCCUAG